AUGUCUCUGAACGAGCAAGUCACGAAUCCCGCAGCUCGGAGACGAGUCGAUUGCGGCCAGAGCACGACGAUGAUUGUCAUCGGCUGCGCUGCUGCGAUGGGUCGCAAAAUGAAAUCGAGCCGACGGACGCAAAGCUCUUGUUCAAUGUCCCUCAAUCCAAACAACUCUGUCUUGAUGAACUCGAAUACCGAUGGGGUUGCACAAGCAGCAUCGAGCGUACAAAACGGAGCGCAGCCCGAAUGUGCGGGCUGUCAGAAACCUAUAAGGGAAAGGUAUCUGUUACGAGCCCUGGACCAGCUAUGGCACGAAGAUUGUUUGAAAUGCGCGUGUUGCGACUGUCGUCUAGGAGAAGUGGGAUCAACGCUUUUCCAUAAAGCGAAUUUGAUCCUGUGCAAGCGGGAUUACCUCAGGUUAUUCGGUGUUACUGGUCUAUGUUCAGCCUGUCACAAACAGAUUCCGGCGUUCGAGAUGGUGAUGCGCGCGAGAGGCAAUGUAUAUCAUCUCGAAUGCUUCGCGUGCCAACAAUGCAACCACCGUUUCUGUGUCGGAGACCGCUUCUACCUUCACGAGAACCGAAUUCUCUGCGAGUAUGAUUACGAAGAACGUAUGGUGUUCUCCCAGAUGGGCGGCCAGUAUCCGAUCCAUGGCGCCGCUCAACCUAUGCAGCAGCAGCAGCAGCCGCCCCCGCCACACCACCAUCAUCAUCAACAGCAGCAGCAGCAGCAGCAACCAGGUUCGCCAUACUCGAUGAACGGCUCUCAUACCCCAACUCAUCACACCCACCAAGGAUCGUCAAUGAUGCCUCUGACUCCUCCUCAGCAACAAUGCCUUGACAGAUCUCCCCUCACAACUCCUCAUCACAAACAGAGGAGCAGCCAACAGCAAACCAACUCGCAAGGACCUCCCCAAGGUCAAACAGGCACGCCUGGCGCACCGAGUCAACCCGAGGGCGAUAUCCUAUUCGAUGUAACUUCAAAUGGAUCGACAGUGGCCGGAACACCGCAGAGUUCUCAGAAUCCCGGCAGCAACAGCGGGAAGUGA